AAAAGUGGAAUUAAGCCUUUCUAAGUGAUUAUAAACAAUCUCAAACUUGCCAGUUGUAAACUAAAUUAAUUAAAUGAGAACAAGUUUAUUUAUUUUUAUACAAAUAGACAGACUAAUAUCGCAGCAUGUUACGCGACCUGGCAACCCUGGACUCAUCGCCUACACAUGAUCAUCCUUGUUUUUCAACAUGGUAGUCACGAGCUAAAAGGAACAAGCAUAUCCAAAACUUUUACAGCAUAUAACAGGUUUUAGAGGAUCGUGCACAAAAAUAAGCGGCUUUAUUUAAGUCUUAUUAUUGUCAGUUGUUGUGGGAAUAAAAGAUGCUGACGCCUCUUUUGCCUUUCCAGACUCGGUUAGCUGAUAUUAUGGACACAUUGGCCAAAACGGCGGUGUUAGAGAUCAGUAAACUUGUGGAGCUGGAAUGUAAAAUCCUCCUGUCUGAGGUUACCCGAGGUCAACAUGAGAUCGACUUCCUGAGGAAAAGACUUCAGCUGAUGGAGAAACACAUGUCAACAAAUAAUACAACUCAGACCCGGGAGGUUGGAAACACUGGAACAUCAGCAGUGCUUACAUCAGUACAGGAGCACAGCUCCAGAGUAGAGAACAUCUCCAGAACAGAGAACAUCACCAGAACUGAGAAUCACAGCUCCAGAACGGAGAACCACAUCUCUAUAACAGAGAACCUCAGCUCCAGAUCGGAGAACCACAUCUCUAUAACAGAGAACCUCAGCCCCAGAACAAAGGACCACAUCUCUAUAACAGAGAACCUCAGCUCCAGAUCAGAGAACCACAUCUCCAGAACAGAGAACCUCAGCCCCAGAACAAAGGACCUCAUCUCCAGAACAGAGCACCAGCCUCGUAUUAAAAGAGAGAGUGAGCUGGAAGAGCUCAGUGAAGGAGAUGCUGCUCUGAUCGACGCCACCGAACACGACCAUACUAAUAACAGAGAGAAACAGCGUGACUGUCGUCUGCAGCAGCAUCACGGAGAAAAACAGACUGCUGAAGUGAAGAUUAAACUGGAGGGGUUUUGGGGCGACGAAUUAGGAGGAGAGAAGGCGAGAGACGAAGUGAACAGCACUGAGGAAACGUGCAGCAGGCGUCUAUGUGAUGAAUCUGCUGACAGACAGUCUCAGCCUGUGAACUCUGCAUUUACAGCUCAUCAAGACAGAAGUUGUUUUGAAAGUAACCUUCAUGCCCCUGAAGGAUCAGAGACUGAAGGCAGACACGUGUAUCUCGUCCCAAAGCCUGUCAAGAGACGCAUGGCCUCCAGGUUCGAGGAGGAGAAGCGCUUCGCCUGUCCGCUCUGUGCAAAGUGCUUCAAGUGUUUCAGUCAGCUGGAAAUCCACAAGCGGAGUCACACGGGUGAGAAGCCGUACAGGUGCACGCUGUGCGGUAAGAGGUACGCGCAGAAAGGUCACCUGUACACACACCAGCGCACACACACUGGAGAAAAGCCAUACCGCUGCAUGCACUGCGGCAAAGCCUUCAUCCAGAAGUGCUCUCUGGACAUGCAUCAGAGGACUCACACUGGAGAGAAACCCUUCAUCUGUGUCAAAUGUGGAAAAGGUUUUACCAAGAAAUUCAAUUUGAACAAACAUCUGGCUGUACAUUCAGAUGUCACAUCUGGUUUCAGUGAUCUGAGCAGCAGAACUGUGAACGGACCCGGGCUUCGUUCCUCAAGCGUCGAUCACUUAUUUAUUCUAUUAAUUAUAUUAAUAAUAAAGAUGGUGGAGACGAUGGUGAGCGACUCCCAUUUUCAGAGCCAGUUAGCGUCCAUAAUGGAAAUGCUGGCGAAAACGGCCGUGCUGGAAAUCGGCAAACUGGUGGAGGAGAGUCAUGCCGUGUUCAGGAGAGAGAUUUCCCGCAGGAUCUCAGAAAACGAGGGUCUGAAGAAGAAGUGCGGUUUGUUAGAGAGCGAGCUGAAGGCGAGCAGGAGGAGCGCACAGGACAGAGCCGAGGCGCACAGCGUCCCGAAUAAAGAAGCUGGACAUCGUCCCACCAUCGACGGCGUGUUUGGGAAGGAGUGGUGCAUGGACCUGUGGAGAGACAAGGAGUCAAGUGCAGUACAGAAGAGCCAUGUGGACCCCUGUAUGAUAGAGAGUAUUGAUCUGAUGGAAGAUGACGGACCAGACAUGAUCAUCAUCAAAGACGAGACGUUUGACGAUGGCCCCGGCAAAAGCAAGCAACAAAUCAACUCGAGGAGCAGCGAGAAAGACCCUGCGUUCUCGGCCGUCCAACAGGACACGGCUCAGACGAGUGAGGAGUUCAUCCAGUACGCCACAGCGUUAGACAACACGCAGCCGAGACGGGCAGCCGAGCAGACGUUUGACAUCAGAGCAGACCCGAGGUCGUCUGGGCUCGGAGACGCCGCCACGUCAUCCAAUAUGAGCUCCGAGGAGUUUGGCGGGUUCUUUCCUGCUAACGUGCAUAUGAACGCCCAGAAGAACUUCACGUCCGGUUCGGAGCAGAAGAAGUUCGAGUGCGUGUUCUGCGGGAAGAACUUUAACUACUUAAGCUAUUUAAAAGUGCACUUACGGACGCACUCUGGAGAAAAACCCUUCAGCUGUUCGGUGUGCGGCAAGCGCUUUGCUCAGAAAACGUACCUCAAAAUCCACAUGCGCACUCACUCCGGAGAGAGACCCUACACCUGCAUGGAGUGUGCCAAGAGCUUCUCGCAGAAGAGUUCGCUAAACAUACACCUGCGCAGCCACACCGGAGAGAAACCGUACAGCUGCGUGGACUGCGGGAAACGCUACGCCUAUAAACACGGCUUCAACAUCCAUCAGUGCAACAGCUGAACCUGGAGCUAGAAUAUUCCAACAUUCGACACACACACUGUGCAUUGUGCAGAUCGGCACAUAACACUCAGCUACCAGUUUAGGCUAAACGAGGUUUACUUUCUGGCUGCUUAAAUAUAUUGGCACCCCUUUACCCUGUCCAUCAUUAGUAAGGUACAGAUUCUCCUCAGAUGUUAAUUGGGUGGUUUGUAUUCUCAGCACAGUCUUAACACUGAUACGGUGGUGUGUGUGUGUGGUGUUGAUACAAGUGUAGAUCAGUGUUGUUUGCUAUUUAAACACCCUAAGAGAAUUGACUGCGCAAAUGAUGGGAACAAAAAUCAUCUGUAUGAUUUUAUAAACAUCUUUGUUUCCAUUUAACUUUAGCCUAUACGUUCUAGACAGAGGAGUUUACGCAGUGUUUAUGUAGUGUUUUUUGUCUUAUUAACUUCAAAAGAGUGAGAGUAUAAUGAGGGAUAGGAUGUUUAUAGCUGCUAUAACAGAUCGGAUGUUUAUAGCUGCUAUAACAGAUCGGAUGUUUAUAGCUGCUAUAACAGAUCGGAUGUUUAUAGCUGCUAUAACACAUCGGAUGUUUAUAGCUGCUAUAACGGAAUAUCAGAGGGACACAGUGGUUUAGAAGUUAGGAUGGUUGACUUACUUCCCCUGUGUGUGUGUGUGUGUGUGUGUGUGGGAUUGUGCUCUGUGAUGAACUGGCACCCCAAGUCCUCUGGGAUAGACUCCCGGGUUCCUGUGACCAUGUAUAGGAUCAGUGGUACAGAAAAUAAACCGUUAGAUGGCUGGAUAACUGAAGCAAUAAUAACUAUCUUGUUUCGCGGACAAAACGAAACUCGGCCACGUUUAUACAGAUAAAAGUUACUCUUUAAUUAAUAAAGCACUUGAACAGUUUAAAGGUUAAACUCCUCUGUGGUAGAAGAAGAGAAACACAACACAAAGGAACGUUCAGUUGUAGAGAAUUCCUCCAUUUCACAGUGGUAGAUGAUGUAAAUCUGUUCCACAAAGUGCUUUAUUUCUCAGUUGUGUCAUCAUCACAUCAUUAUCACCUGGAGCUCAGCUGCAAAAUCCCUACUUCCUUAAUUUAUUCCAGAUAUGUGUAAGCUACAUGAACCAGAUAAACUGGUAGCUCAGUGUCUCUUUCUAAUCUCUUUAUAAAAAGCUCUAAAAAGUCUCGUGCAUGUCCGUGAACUGUUUUCUUAGCAUAGAGUAAAUUAUUCUUCUAUUAUGAUUUUUAAUGAUUCACAACUUUUCCUUUUUUUUUCCACUUAACAACCAAACGCGAAUAAAACUCUUCCACUAAGGACUAAGGUGAAGGUUAUAAAUUAUUGUUAUUUUUUAUUAUAAUUAUUUAUGUUUCUGCUGUUACAUUUGAUGUCAUUUUACAAAGCGAGUGAAGUUAUUGUUAUUCAGCAUUUUGUACAGAAACGUCAGUAUUGACCCUGCUGUCAGCUUUCUACUAAUAUUUCUUUCUUGGCUGAUGAAUAAAUCACGCUUAGAAAGUAAAUUCUCGUAAGACGUUUUUUUGGAAGGUGAUUUUUUUUUUUCAAACUAUGAAGUAAAUCCUUUAAAAUGACUUUUAAAAUAAUUUUUUAAUUAUUGAUGGAUUUUUUUUAAUGAUUUUUUUUAUCCAUUUCAAUUUUU